UUCUAUAUUUUGUAAGAUGAGUAGGAUAGUUGGGGGAAACUCGGAACACGCUGCUGGGUCCUUUGGUAUUCCCUACUAGAUUGUAUUUAAAGGGAACGACCGUAUGACAUGCUAGGGACUUAUCGCCGGAGAUCCACCUAACUUUUACUUUUGGACAACCAAGUUUCAUCAUGGCAGUUACAAUGCACGGCGUCGUUGUAAUAUUGAUUUUCUACGUCACAGUUUCAGCUGGAACGGAGGAAAUGUACAGUAACUAUGAGCUGGUGUCAGAGGAGGAACCAAUUGAUGAGGGCCCAAGACUGGACUACAACGAUCCAACCUGGUGUCAUCCUCUGAGCCUGGCCAAUGGGGAGUUGAGCUGCGUCUCCCCUCGAGGAAGAAGCUACAGCGGCACGCUAGGCACACGUUGCGAGAUGACCUGUGACCGCGGGUACAAGCUCGUGGGCAAGUCCUCAGUCCACUGCCUGGCCAACCGCCGCUGGUCCGGCACGGCCUUCUGCAGACAGAUACGCUGCCGUGUGCUGCACUUGAACCCGCACGGCAGGUACACUUGCUCCCAGGGUUUCGUGGUGGACUCCAGGUGUGAUUACACCUGCAAAGCCGGCUACCGUAUCAUUGGACAACACUCUCGCACCUGCCAGCCAGACGGCUCAUGGAGCAACAAUGAACCCGUCUGUACAGAUGAUGAUCCCCCAAAGAUCAGGUGUCCUAUGUCCAGAGCCAAGUACGCUGACCCGGGGGCACUCACCGCCAAGGUUGCCUGGGACCCCCCCGUUGCCACGGACACGGCUGAUAAAGCACCCGAGGUGAUAUUGGUGGGCCAAGAGCCCAACACGGCUUUUAAAGAAGGGAGCACCGUUGUCCGGUAUAAAGUGUAUGAUCUAGCAAGGAACAGGGCCGGCUGCAAGUUUAUCGUUCGAGUUGUGGUCAGAAGAUGUGAGGUGCUAAAUCCGCCCCUGCAUGGUUACCUGUCCUGCUCCUCGGACACCAAUAACUACGGGGCGGUGUGUGAGUACCACUGUGAGGGAGGCCAUGAGAGGACGGGGACGUCGAGCCGCGUGUGCCAGUUUAACCACAGCUGGAGUGGCGCUCCUGCAGAGUGUAGACAAAUGGAGUUCAGGACGAAUGUAAAGACGGUCUCUGCUCUCAUGGAUCAAUUCUAUGAGAAUAGGAGAUUGCUAAUCGUCUCCACACCUAGUUUAAUGAACCAGGAAUACAGGCUGCAGAACCUCAUGAUACAGAAAUCGCGUUGUGGCCUGGACCUGCGUCAUGUGACUGUGAUCGAGCUCCUGGGCUCGGCCCCUCAAGAGCGCGGCCGGAUCAAAACCAAACCACUUCAUCCAGGAGUCAUCGAGGGUCUCAGACAAGCCUUCAGGAUCUCCCGGUCGUACUUCAGCAUGCUGAUUCUGGACAAAAACGGAGUGGACCGCGAGAGGUUCAUCACCCCCAUGUCCUCGGACGAACUCUUCGCCUAUAUCGAUGACUUCCUGCUGGACGAGGAGGAACGAGACAGGCUGGAAAUACACCGAGACUUCUGCGUCUAACCCCGAUAGGGCGGUCCCCCUGGUUGUCAUGAGGAUAAACUGAUCAAAACUAGCUGACUGAGACCAGAGACAGAGGAAAGAAGAUGUAAUUAAGUUACACGAUAUAAUGUGGUUUUAAAAGGUAGAACGUAACCAUGUUACCAGUGUGAAAUCACCACAGAUUCUUAAUAUUUAUUUUAGUGCCAGGCAAUGCAGACAAACCUUUAAAUUACAUUUUAAAAUAAAUAAAAUAUCACCCAUAGUUGGAAUCUAUACUAGUAGUUUUAUUGUAUUUCAAGUUUAUUGUGCUAUACUUCAAAACAUUUACAUAUUAGGUUCACGGAUAACAUUAAGACUUUACACAGCCUUUAAAAAUAUAUAUUUAUUUUACAUGGAGGCACAUACUCAAACUAGUAUCACUGUGUCAUAAAUACGGAUGGAUAUUAAUACGUUAUUCCAGAUUAAAAACAAAAUCAUCCAAAGGCGGUAUAAUUAUGAUGCGUAUAAUUUGAAUAUACUAACGCCUAUUGGUUAUGUCACUGGGCUGUGCAAAAAAAAUAUAGGUGGAGCAUACAGAGCUAUGUAAAUAUUUGUACUUCAAUGAGAAUGAGGUGAUGCAUAUAGUUUUAGUGUUCAGGAGGCACUCUAGAUGGUGUUGUUAGCUUUAUGAUCACAGGGAAUUGGUCUCAAGGGGUACGAUCCGUUUGAAAACAGUCCCUUUCAUUUCAGUGUGAGAACAAGGUUUGGAGUCCUUUUUUGGGGGUUUUACCCAUGGUGGAACGCAAACGAAGAGUGCCCUCUGCCCAGGAGUCUGGGAACUGCAUCAUCUUCUCCCACACACUCACCUCCUCACCCUGGGAGUCCAUUUCUACGCCGUCCUUCCCAACUGUUAGAUUGCCUGGCAGUGGAAAAGAUGGCAAAAAAAUGUAUACACAAAAUUAGUAUACAUCAAAUGGUGUCCAUAUGUCCCUUUUAUAAUCAUGCAAACAGCAGUG